UUUUCUAGUUCCAACUACAAUAUAGAAGAACUCAACUCACACAUCUUCUCUCUCACACCAUUGACAUUUUGUCACUCUUUACUUAUUCACUUUCUUCUCAGCAAUUGCCAACUACUACAAGCUCAUUCUCUCUCUGUUUCUCUGUGAAAAGGGUAAGCAAAACUCUUCAUUGUUUGCAAAAUCUUUCACAUUUUCAGAGAAAUUCAACACCUCAAUUCCCUUAAACACUUUGAUAUGUCAUCAGAUAUAAGCUAAAUUUAUUGAAUCUACCUUCAAAAUCAAGAACAAAGUAGUUUACAUUCAAGUUAUUAUUAUGGCUAGUUGCAAGUUUUGUUGUUGUAAUUUUGCUUUUCUAGCGUAAUAGAGGGUUUGGUUCUGUUUAAUUUACCGAUUAGGGAGUAAAGUUUGAAGCUUUUGUUGGUGGGGUGGUGAGAAUUUUGUGGUGUGAGUGAUGGGUUGGGAUUGUGUGGUGCUACAAACAGUUGGAAGAGAACCGCCAUUAAAACGGCGAGCUGGGUUGCGGAGGAAACAAGCUGGAAGAGGGUCUUACAGAGGAAGUUAGCUAGCUAGUUAGGGAAAUUUGAUUUGAUUGGUUUUGUGUGAUUGGAAUUUGGAGGGUUUUUCUUCUUUUUUUUUGAGGACUAAUUUGAAGGCCCUUUUGCUUGAGGGUGUCUUUGAGGUGUAAAAGUUUCUAACUUUUUAUAAGGGGAAGAAGAAGAUGGUUAACAACUUGCAUCAACUACUUAGAAGUCUUUGUUUCAAUACUCAGUGGAAUUAUGCAAUCUUUUGGAAGCUCAAACAUAGUGCUCCAUUGAUCUUGACAUUGGAGGAUGCUUACUAUGACAAUUCAGAUUAUUUUGACGCUUCAGAAAAUAAGUACUGUCAGAAGACCUUAGAACAGAUUGAGGGUGGGAAAUUUUCACAUGACGCUUUGGGGUUAGCUGUUGCAAAGAUGCGGUAUAAUGCAUAUCCAUUAGGGCAAGGUAUUGUUGGACAGGUAGCCGUUACUGGAAAGCAUCAGUGGAUCUGUGCAGAUAAUAAUCAAGUUACAAGUUCUGGCUUGUCUUUUGAGUUUGUUGAUGGGUGGCAAUCUCAAUUUUCUGCUGGAAUUAGGACAAUUGUUGUUGUGUCUGUAGUCCCACUAGGCGUUGUUCAGCUCGGCUCUCUAAUAAAAGUGAAUGAAGAUACGGGGGUUGUUAAUCAUAUAAGAAAUCUUUUUUUGUCUACUCAAGAUUACUCAAUAGAUCACAUUCCUAGUCAAAUACAAAGUAGUUCGAAGAGUUCUUCAUCUCAGCCAGAUGUCUUGAUGGAAAAAUCAUCUUCGGAUUUUAUGCCUGCGUGCAUGAGGAAUAAAACAGUGGAUGUUUUGACGCCCCUUCAAUGUUCUGGGAGGAACAACACAACUCAUUCUGCUUAUUGGGAAAUGGGUGAUAAUAUGGUCAAGCAUGAAGGGGCCGAGCUCUAUAGUGAUGUGAGUCCCAUUUUGCUUCAGUCAAUGUCUGAUAUGAUUAAUGUGGAGCAUCAGGAAUUUGGAGAGAUAAGACCUAUAAACUCGAGAGAGUGUGAAGGGGGCAGUAGUGGCUGCAAAAAUAUGAUAUUGGACUCGGAACAAAAUCGCUCGUCAUUUUUAAACAAUUCUGCUAUAAAUAAUGCUGGCGUCUAUGAUUUAAUACACCAAUCGGAAAAGAAUUCCUCCUAUACACCGUUGAAGUUUCCGGCUGGAUGUGAACUACUUGAAGCACUUGGACCAUCUUCUUUGAAAGGGAGUAAAUAUUUUGAUUGGUUGGCACAGGUUAAUCAAGAUAUGAAAAUUGUGGAUGUGCCGGAUGUGUUUAACACUAGUCAGCUGACUUCUGAAUCUCAUCCAGAGCAUCUUUUGGAAGCAAUGGUGGCCAACAUCUGUCACAGUAGUAAUAAUGAUGUUAAUAGUGAAUUAUCAUUUUGUAGAUCAAUGCAAUCUGCAUUGAGUUCUGGAAAAACAAUCGAUGCUUCUAUUCAAGAUGUGCACACUAUAGAUCAUACUUCUCUUGUCAGAGAGGACAAAAACCAUUGUUUGAGUUCAUCAUCUAAAGUUGUUUCUUCUACAUGUCCUAGUGCUUGUAGUGAACAAUUUGAAAGAUCUUCUGAACCAUCUAAAAACAGCAAGAAGAGGGCUAGGCCCGGGGAAAGUUGUAGACCUCGACCAAGAGACAGGCAACUGAUCCAAGAUCGAAUUAAGGAGCUUAGAGAGUUGGUACCAAAUGGAGCUAAGUGUAGUAUUGAUUCACUACUGGAGCGCUCGAUAAAGCACAUGCUCUUUCUGCAAAGCAUAACUAAGCAUGCUGACAAGCUAACUAAACUUGCUGAUACUAAAUCAAAGUUGCAUCAUAUGGAAACAGACAUUCUUGGAUCCUCUAGUUCUGAGCAGGGUUCAAGUUGGGCAGUUGAGGUAGGGGGUCAUCUGAAAGUUCAUUCAAUAUUAGUGGAGAAUCUUAGCAACAAUGGACAGAUGCUUAUUGAGACGCUAUGUGAAGAGAGCAGCCAUUUUCUUGAAAUAGCAGAAGCUGUAAGAAGCUUGGGGCUUACAAUUUUGAAGGGUGCAACAAAAGCUCGUAAUAAGAAGAUAUCGAUAUGCUUUAUCGUUGAGGGUGAAAACAACAGAAAUGUACACAGAUUGGACAUCUUGUGGCCACUUGUUCAGAUACUACAAUCCAAGAGCGUUGUGUAUCAACAGUAACUGUUUGAUUCGUCGAAACUUCGCGGCCGUUUAUUGGUCACCAGAACUCAUUCUUGAUCUCUGAAAUGAUUGAUGCUCAGAAUCUCCUACCCUUGUAACGAGCAAGACUCAGUUUGUUGUUUUUCUUAAGUUUGGGUUGGAAUAUAUGAUUUUUAUUUGAUUGUAUGUUUGUGUUUGGCAUUGAAAACAAUACAAAGCGUUGACCAGAUUUAUCUUUUGAUGGUCAGUUAAAAUAUAGUGCCACCUUUUUGAUGUUCCAGAUUUAUCUUUUGAUGAUCAGUUAAAAUAUAUAGCCUUGAGAGCUUAAUAAGAAAACUAUGGAGAAUAUACUGCAACUUGCGGUUCAUUAUA